AUGGCUGAGCGCGAUGCCCUUGUAACGCCAUCAAGCCGGCACGUGUUGCCGAGACAGUUGGAAGACGCUGGCACGAACAACCCGCCGACCACACGCAAGGAGAACGAGCCGGCAGCACGUGAGAGUUGUUUACCGGAGGAGUACAGAUCGUUUGUGGAGCAUUCAAAGGAGAAAGAUCUUAUGAGAAAAGAAGCAAAAGAAGCACAAGACACAGCUGCCAAAUUGUAUAAGGAAGAGCUAGAGAGGGUGAACAUGGACCACGAGAAGAACAUGUGGCACCUGAAGCUUGAACACCGUAUCCAGGUCGAUGAUCUCACGCGAAAGAAGGAAGAACUGCAGACCAUGAUUGACGGCUGCGGCAAGCUGUUCGGAGAAAUGCGCGACAAGCAUACGGCCAGAAUCGAGACGCUCACCCACACGAUGGAGCGACUUCAGAAUGAAGUAGAUGCUAAGGAUAAGGGGCUCAAGGUCAUGUAUGACGCAUGCGAUGCACAGGUCAAGGUACUCGAGGCUGAGAGGGCGGAGUUACCAGCCAAGCUAGCCAAAGCCGCGAAGGAAGCGCUCGCUCUCCAGUCCAACGCAAAGACAUCCAACGAGGCUGUUGCUGCCAAAGCCGCUGCAUCCGUUCCUGCGCACCUCAAAGGCAAAUCUGAACGCUUCGCACACUGCACCCAGUGCAUGCGACACAACUGGGACUGCGACCGCGGGAUUCUAUGCAAGAACUGCUCGAUGCGAGGCAUCAAGAAAGGUUGCAGGCGGGUUGCAUGCGAAGACUACAAGAAGGGCAAGUGCAAGAACAAACAGUGCCGCUUUGCACAUGAAGGAGAGAUAUACAAGCGCCUCGAUCCUUCCGAAGAUGUAUGGGGUGAUGGGCGUGAGCUGAGUCCCGUCGAGCUCGACAAGAUGGGUGUUUGGUAG